AUGUUCUGGACGCCGAAUAUUAAAAAGGAGCAACUUGUGAAGUUAACGAUCGGUUUAACAAGUCUCGUGUCGAUGACUGUUUUAUUGCAAAUGCUUUCAGAUGCUAUUCCAAAGACUUCUGUUUUUCCCUUAUUAGGUAUUUAUGUGCAUUGUCGAACUAACAAGCGCCAUGUCCGAUUAUCACAAUCGGUUCUCCUUUUUGACAAGCUUCAUAUCACGACCGAGGCAAACGGGAUGAGUGCUAUCAGUAAAUUUGACAGGCUCAUUUGUUUAAAUGAUAGAAUAUUG